CCAGCUUCGGUGGCAUCUCUUUUCGCUCCAAAUUUAUACAAGAGAAUCCCUCAAAUACUCUACAUCGUCAUGCCGAAAGCAGACUCUCCACCGGGCUUCAAGCCACUCAAGGAUACUGCACUAUUCACACCUUUGCGGCUGGGUUCGCUGAGCCUGGAGCAUAGAAUUGUUCAAGCCCCUCUGACGCGAAUGCGUGGAACAAAGGAAAGCGAUGGAGUCGUGGUGCCAAAUGAGUUGAAUGUUGAAUAUUACAGACAACGGGCAAACAAAGGUGGUUUCCAAUUGACCGAGGCAACCGACAUCUGCAAAUAUGCGGGAGGCUAUCCUGGGGUACCGGGCAUCUUUACUCCGUCACAGAUUGCGGGGUGGAAGAAAGUAACCGACGCUGUUCACUUUAAACGUGGUUUCAUCUUUUGUCAGAUUUGGCACACUGGACGUGCAUCUCCAGCCUCCUUCCGUGGAGGUCAACAGUCGUGGAGCUCGAGCGGUAUCCCGAUGUCCGGAAACUACUUGGACGGAACGAGCUGUGCUGAGAAUCCUCCACGACCGAUGACUAUCGAGGAAAUCCAUGCGACGGCUGAGGAAUUUGGUGCGGCUGCGAAGAGGGCGCUUGAAGCUGGUUUCGAUGGUGUUGAAAUCCAUGGUGCGAACGGUUACUUGCUUGAUCAAUUUCUCCAUGACAACGUCAACAACAGGACAGAUGAGUAUGGUGGUUCUGUCGAGAACCGAUGCAGAUUCCCGCUCGAGGUUAUCCAGGAGACGUGUAAAGCGAUUGGAGCUAACAAGGUCGGCAUACGUUUGAGCCCUUUCAACUACUUCCAGGACACCAGGGACAGCAAUCCAAACGAGCAUUGGGAGUAUCUUUGCGGAAAGAUCGCCUCAUUGCCGGAAGCUGAAAGGCCAGCUUAUGUCCACAUGGUUGAACCACGUUUUGACGAAGUCCUCGACGAGAAGGCAAAGUUGGACGCCCUGUCAGCAUAUACAUGCACCAAUCGCGUAGAGGCUAAAGCCAGGGCCAAACCGAAGGCUAACUCCCUUGUCACUUUUCGCAGUAUUCUAGCAAAUGGUGGGGUAAAGUUUCUUGCGGCAGGUGGUUUCAACAGAGAUAACGCUGCACCAAAGAUAGAAUCCAAUGAUGCGGAUGCUGUCAUUUUUGGUCGGUGGUUCAUCGCAAACCCAGAUCUCCCUAGGAGAUUGAGCGAGGGGUUGUCGUUAAACCAAUACGACAGGUCUACGUUCUACGGAGCGGACCCUCCUUCGAAAGGAUACGUUGACUACCCAUUUUUCGAAGAGAAGUUGGCCACUUGUUCAAUUUGA